ACCUGUUCAAGUUGAUCGUUUUUUCUGUAAUUAUAUUUGAAUUUGAAUGUUUGUAUUUUUUUUAUUUUAGCAGAAAAAACGAUUUUCUUAACUUGGGAUUUUAAAAAUGGAUACAAUUCAAAAAGUAGAUAGAUCCACACUCACAGAUGCAGUUUCCUUAACAGAUUCCAUAUUUUUCGAACGAAAAAGUCCCCAAGUCAAAAAAGUCCUUCGCAAGAAGUUAUCUGCUGUAAAACAAGAAAACCAAACAUUAGAAGAUGUAAUUUCGGUUAAAAAUACUGAAAUUGAAGAUUUGAAAAAAUCCAUACAAUCUCUCAACGAGAUUAUAAAUUCCUCUAGCUUUAAUGAUUUAAAACAAAAUUCUAACAUCUCCAAUGCCAAGAUAUUUGAGUUAAAAAAGAAAAAUCAUGAUUUACAUGUUGAUAUAGACUAUGUCAAGAAUAAAAACAUGAAACUUGAAUCAAAAGUCCAGGCAUUAGAAAUAGAAUUGAAAAAAGCUGUUGAAAAACAGAAAGAACCCAUUCCUAAGAAGCUUGAUGGACCUUUUGAAGUUUUGCAGUCAAAACUGACUCAAACAAAGCAAAAACUCUUCGACAGUUUGAAUCAAAAUGUCGAACUUAAAAACCAUUUAAAAUUGGCUCAAAAAUGUAUUCAACAAGAAAUUGGAGAACAUAUAAAUUUGAAUAUCUUGGCUGCCGCCGGUACAAACUGGCGGGGUCGAGCUCAACAAAUUCUUAGUUUACAGUUAAAAAUCAAUGAACUUAAGGCUCAGUUAGAAAAUGUUAGGAGUAAAUUUGGUUGGUCCGAAGAUUAUCCAGAUGAACCACCUGUUCGUAGAGAUCAAAUUUACCAUCGUAUUGAGAUUGAAGGUCUUAAAAAAGACAUCGAAGCCCUAACAGCUCACAUAGAUGAGCAAAAUCAAAAAAUUGCAGCUUCAAAAGCUCGCAACACAAAUCUUGUUGCCGAUGUUACAAAAUUGAAAGAAAAAUGCACAAACUUAGAAUCUAUGGGGAAGAGUAGUGAUAAUACCAUUGCAACUCUUAAAGAAAGACUUGAUAUUCAAAAGUUCCACUACGAGAACAGAAUAUCUGACUUACAAAAACAAAUAACCGAUACACAAAAGUAUCGUGCUGACUUUGAAUUUCAUCGAGAAGAAAUGCAAAUAAAAGUUGAGAAUCUUCAAGCUGAGUUGGAGAGAAGGGAGAAUCAUAUUGGACAUUUGAAUGAGACUAUAAGAAAGCUAGAGAAAGAUUUAAAAUCAAUUUGUGGAGAUUAUUUGUUUGAGUGUAGAGAUUUUAAAAAGGAAGAAUUUACAGGACUAAUCGAUGCACUGGAGUCUGAGAAAAAUAAUUUGUUGGCAUUGAACAAAACGAUGAAUCAGAGAUUGGAUGCAGAAAGGAUGAAGAUUCUUGAUCUCGUUAACCAAAUUUCUAAGCAGAAGAUUAAAAUAUGUCGACUGGAAGGCAAAAUACGUGAUCUCGAAAAAGAACAUGAUUGGCAAAUGGAAAAGAAAAGACGUUCCCAACGAAUUUCUGAAUAUACCAGCAACAUUAACAGCAAUACUUGCAUAGUGCCAUCGUUUGUUUUUGAAAAUACAUCCAACGCUGAUAUUCCAUCUAAUAGCUGCGAAGAUCAAUCUAAGAUUUACGAAAUUGAAGAAUUAAGAAACAAAUUGGAAAUAUCUAAAGAAAAAAUUACAAUUCUCGAAGACAAACUCAACUAUUUAAACGAAGAAAAACAAAGUGAUACGAAAACAUUUGAAAACAUAAUUAAAAUGUCCAAAUCUGUUCUUCUUGAUACAAUUCACCAAAUUAAAAAUAAAUCUUCAUCCGAAUUGAAAUAAACAAAGAAAAAAAUCAAAUAAUUCAAAAUGUAUAUUUUUCAAAAUAUCAAUGUUAUCAUUUUUAUUU